AUGCAAGUUUCAGUAAAAAAACACUAAAACUCUACUGAGGGCAAAAUCAAGGAGUUUGCUCACAAAGAAAAUACUAAAAAUGAUCCAAUUCAAGAAAAAGAAGAAAUAAGAGUUCCUGAGAGCAUUUUUUUAGGAAUCAUGCAUGUUCUUGCUUUUGCUGGUUUGAUACUACUAUUUACCUAUGAUAAAUAGACAAUAAUUAGAUCUUUGUGCCUUAUGGGUUUUCUCCAUUACUUAAGUUGCUUGGGUAUUGGAUCUGGAGUUCACAGACUUUGGGCUCAUCGUUCUUAUAAAGCAAGUACUCCAUACCGUGUUUUGUUGAUGAUUUUACAAUCACUUGCAUUUUAAGGGAGCAUUUUCCAUUGGUCUAGAGAUCACAGAUUGCACCACAAGUUCUCAGACACUGAUUUAGAUCCUCACUCUAUGAAUAGAGGAUUCUUCUUUGCUCAUAUGGGGUGGCUUUUGGUUAAGAAGAGCAAAGCUUUAGUAGAUGAAGGUUACAAAAUUGAUGUCUAGGAUCUUUUAAAUGACCCUGUUGUUAAAUUCCAAAAGAAAAACUAUUACAAGCUCUCAACAUUAAUUUGUUUUAUUAUUCCAACCAUUUUAAGCUACUUUAUUGUUGGAGGAAGCCUUAUUUUUGGAUUCUUAACUGCUGGUGUUUUUAGAUAUAUUUUCAUGCUCCACGUUACUUGGUGUGUAAAUUCAGUUUGCCACAUGUUUGGAACAAGACCUUACAACCCUGAUAUUUUACCUACUGAAAACUUGUUUGUUUCUAUUUUUGCUUGCGGUGAAGGAUGGCAUAAUUGGCACCAUGAAUACCCUAGAGACUGGAGAGCUUGCGAAAACAAAUGGUAUAAGUGGAAUCCUAAUGGCUGGUUUAUAUAAAUUGCUGAAUUACUUGGCUUUGCAAAUACACAUUUGGAAAAGGCAUAAUGA